UCAGCAAGUGUCCUUAACUCUGGAUUUGACAGCUGCCAAGUACAAGCCUUAUCUUGGUCUUUAUUGCACCUCUGUCAUUUAAAACGAGGUACUAAGGAAGACGAGCCUCCAUAGAGAGCUGAAGAGCUGGGCUGAGUGUUUUGUGACUUUAACAAUGCAGGAGCACCUUUCAGAAACAUCAACUAUUUUGACCACUGAGAUUUUGACAACACAGCUAGACCUGAAUUUUUCAUUUUGUCCUGAAAAUGCCACCAUCUGCAAUGGCACUUCAUGUCUACAGUCUACUGAUGAUGAGUUCAACAGAAUUCUGAAUGUAGUAUUGAGUACCGUCCUCACCAUCAUGUUGGCAUUGGUGAUGUUCUCAAUGGGUUGCAAUGUGGAGCUAAAGAAAUUCUUAGGACACAUCCGAAGGCCAUGGGGCAUAAUGGUUGGUUUCCUCUGCCAGUUUGGAAUUAUGCCUCUCACUGGCUUUGUGCUGUCGUAUGCUUUCAAUGUGCUUCCAAUACAAGCCGUUGUUGUGAUCAUCAUGGGAUGCUGUCCUGGUGGAACUGCAUCCAAUAUUUUAGCUUACUGGGUAGAUGGCGACAUGGAUCUAAGCAUCAGUAUGACAACAUGUUCAACCUUGCUGGCCUUGGGAAUGAUGCCACUUUGUCUCCUUGUGUAUACCAAAAUUUGGACAGACUACAACUCCAUUUUGAUCCCCUAUGAUAGUAUUGGUAUUUCACUGGUAGCACUUGUCGUUCCUGUUUCUGUUGGGAUAUUUUUUAAGCAUCGAUGGCCCACCAAAGCUAAAAUCAUAUUGAAGGUUGGCUCCAUAAGUGGUGCAGUUCUCAUUGUGAUCAUAGCUGUGGUUGGCGGGAUAUUGUACAAAGGUUCAUGGACAAUUACACCUCAGCUUUGGAUUGUUGGAACAAUCUUUCCAGCAGCUGGCUAUUCACUAGGCUUUGUACUGGCCCGUGUAGCUGGCCAGCCUUGGCACAGAUGCCGUACAGUGGCUCUUGAAACGGGAAUGCAGAACACACAGCUUUGCACAACUAUAGUGCAACUCUCUUUCACCCCUGAGCAGUUAGCACUGAUGUUCACUUUCCCACUCAUCUACAGUAUUUUCCAGCUUGGUUUUGCAGCAAUGAUUUUGGGAGCAUACCGGAUACACAAAAGGUAUUUUGCUGAUCGAAAGACAGUCUUAACAGAGAAGGAAAAUGUAGAUGAAUCCAUUCCAGCAUCAACGUACUCAACUAUGAAUGGAGGAAUUACACUGGAAGAACCAGUAGAAUCCCCUGUUUCAGUGAUUGCUAAUGGGAAGGUAUAGAUACAGUGGAUUUUAUUGAACUCCUUUUUCCUGAACAAUAUCUAUUGCUUGAUGUGAUGUGUCCUUUUCUACAGAAAGUAUGUUACUUUUAAAUUAUUCAUUUAUGAAAAGAGUCUCUGACAUUUUCUUUAGCUUUUGAAUGAAACAUUAAAUGUGAAUUUAUUUUGUUUCCAAUUAAUUUCUAAUUGAUUUAAUAGUUUGCUCAUUAGAGAAAUGUGUACCAUAAUAAACCAGUUAAUUUAAACAUCAAAAAUGUGUACUUUUUUGUACUUCAUUUUGCAAAUACAAUGGUGGUGGGGGGGGGGGGGGAGAGAUGGGUGUUUAUAAGUGAGAGAGAGAGAGAGAGAGGAGGAGAUAAUAUAUGUGCUAUCGAAGGCUUUCAUGGCUGGAAUCACUGGGUUGUGCAUUUUCUGGGCUGUAUGGCCAUGUUCCUGCCCACAUCUAUGGCAGGCGUCCUCAGAGGUUGUGAGGUAUAUUGGAAAAUUAAGCAAGGGAGGUUUAUAUAUCUGUGGAAGGUCCAGGGUGGGAUAAAAAACACUUGUCUGUUGGAGGCCAGUAUGAAUGUUUUAAUUAAUCACCUUGAUUAGCGUGAAUGGCCUUGCAAGCUUCAUUCCUGGGGAAAUCCUUUGUUCUGAGGUGUUAUAUGUUGUUGUAUAUGAGUGAGAGAAUAUGUGACCUCACCCACUUUUUGUUUGAAUCCUUCCUAUCAGAUUGCAAUCUCUUUCUAUCAAAGGAUAGAAGAAACAACUAUUCACAUUUCUUUGAACCUAACCAUUUGAAAGGUGGUUUCAUAAUUUCCUCAUCUCAUACAAUUUGAAGCAAACCUCCUUCCAGAACAUGGUGGUAAAUCAUUCCAAACCAGAAUUAUAAUUCAAAUCUAUGAUCU